AUCAAAGUUAGAAAAAUCAAAUGGACAUUUAUUCACACUUUGCACUGUAGAAAAGAAACGUAUCAAAAAUCAUAUUGAAUAGCUAGAAGAGAUCAUUUGGAGCUACGAGUAUGUCGCUACCGUUAAAAUGCCCAACUCACAACGCAACAUGACUCGAUAAAACCCUGCAAAGAUCAGCAGGAAGCCCAGAAGGACACCCACAAGCAGACACGCCGAACAAGACAACACAAGGGGAGGAAAAAUCGACAACAACAAAAUACAAAUGCAACGACCUUUUUUUCGUGAUUACACAGUUUGCUUGAGCUUAGACAUAGUGAGAGAGAGAGAGAGAGCGAGCGUCUUAUGUGUUGUUUUUAUCUUCGAUACUGCUGCCGCUGCUGUUGCUGCUUGUCUUUUGGAGUACGUGGCGUAGCUGCAGACUGUAGGAAUGUCAACUAUGUGGCCCUCUGUUGAACGUUUUUGUUCGAGGGAUUGGUGGUGCAUUGAAUAGUAUCUUAUGCAAUUUUGUUGGAAUUCAAAUCUCUGCUAGAGAUGGCAGUGGAUGUGAUUCAUCAUCAUCAUCAUCAUCUGCUGUUGGGGAGCUUCCCAAUGGUUUGCACAGACAAGAUCUCAGAUAUUGGGUUUGUGCUUGUUCAGCCACUUCAGUAGUGUGUCUUCUGUCGCUCUUGUUUAGUGACUUCGUUUUGUGUUGCGGAUGACAAAUCCACAGAGGUGUGUGGAACCAGAAGCGGAUGUUUACUCAGUUGCUGUCUCGCAGCAAGGCAGCAAGGCAUGGUUCGUGCUGUAAGUUUGGUGUGUACGUGAUCCCGAACUCGCGGUGUGUGUUUACUCGCAUCAACAUCAUCGCCAUCACGACAGAUGAUUCGAUUGCGGGGUUUUCCAGGUUCUCAAAUCCAUUAGAUAGAGAGGUGGGGGAUUUGUGUUUUUAGUUGUUGCUUUGGAUUGUCGCCCGCUCGGUGUGUAUUUGUUGUGUUUGGUAAGAAUUUCAAGAUACAAAGCUCGCUCUCUUGCUCUUCCUCGAUCGUAUGCACUCUCUCUCUCUCUCUCUCUCUCUCUCUCUCUCUCGCGAUCUAUGCCACGAUUCGGAAUCGACCAAAUCCCAACAGAGAGAUGAUCCGCGCGAUGAUCGCCGCUUGUUUCUUUCAAACGCAGCGACCACCACUCUCCGCGAUCGAUAUUUGAGAGCAACUGAAACACACAAAAACAAAAAAAAAACAUUGUGCUGCAGUGGCGCAAUUGUCGACUGCCUCCCAUCUUGCCCCCACAUUACCCCCACCAUCGCCGCGCGGCUUAUGCUUUUCGUGAGAGAGCAAGUUGAUGUCGCGCCGCAGUUGCCGGGUCCGCGACGGGUUGGCAUUCCGUAUUCGUGGCACUUCACACGAGGCGAUCGCAGGCGUGCGCGCGACUCUAAUGCUCCUCUCGACCAGUUCUCUCUGUUUUCCGUGUUCAAGCUCUCGCACGCGCGUUUAUCUGAAUAUCAUCAGCAACAGCAGCAGCAGCAACAGCACGAGCGCGCCAGUGUUGCUGUCUGCCUAAUGAGUGUAUAUGUGUGUGUAUGUGUGUGGCUGUGCAUGGCCCUAUAACAGUAUCUACUUCCGGCUAGCGUCAUGUGAAACCUAACUGCAAACGCACUUUUGCUCGCACUGGCCGCUGGCAAACCGAGAGAAAGAGGGAAUAGUAGUCUCGUAGCAGGAAAAGUGAGUGAAAAAGAUAUCCAGUGCGACCCACGGUACGGUUGUCGUCGUCGUCGUGCUGUGGUGUGUGCGCUGGUGCGCCGUUUGGUCCACAAAAAGUGAAUUCCACAGGCCGGGCGCGCGACUAAAAGUGUGUGUGUGUGUGCGCGAGUGAAAGCAAUCAAAACGUCGUUGUGUGUCGAGUGGGAGACGAGUGGCAAAGAAGGCCUGGAAAACGGGGGGGAGGGGUAAAAGUUGAUAAAAGCAAAACCCAGUGGGUUGUUUGAAGGCAAAAAUAGGCAACACACACACCGGAAAGCCUUUCUAGAUCUGGUCGUGUUGUGGAGAAGCGCACUAAAGUGAAACUGAGCGAGUGUGUUUGUGUUGGUGCGAUUAGAGUGUUAGAGAAGUGUGUUUCUUUGUGUGAAAGUGCACGAUAAGUAGAAGCAACAGGAUCACAGGCGCGUAGUAGGACAUCUGCCGCGGGAACGGGCAUCCCUGGCCCUCUGGGUCCUCGUGUGUCCUGCUGACAAUAAUCCACAGGAAAAAAAACCCUCAAGCCACAACCAUGGUUCGACGGGCGGUAUCCACCUCGCCGGAGUCGACGAACCAUCACCAUCUGAACAGCCACCAUCACCUCAGCCAAGCACAGACGCCAACCUCAUCGACCUCCUCGCUGUCGUCGGCCUCCGACGGUCAGCCCGUCUCGCAGCAGCCCUCGCCCUCAUCGCAGCAACACUCGCCCGUCUCGGUGAGCAGUGCACCGGCGGCGGCCAGUGUUGCUAGCGGCGGAACAAAUGCCACGGGCGGACACGGUGGUGGCGGAGGCAGCGGAUACGAUGUGCUUCAGUUUGUGCGUCAGCUGCCGGGACCGCUUGGGCCGGGCCAGCAGCACGUUCACCUUGCGCCGCACGGUGCCGAAAAUGGUGGGCACGGUGGACUGGCCGGCGCUGCCGGUGGCAUCUUUAUCGCAGCGGGGCCGUACGCCGGCGAUUACUACUCCGACCACUCGUACUACUACCCACACCCGGACUAUGGAUCACCGCCGCCAGCUCCCCAUCCCUGUCCGGUGCAUCAUGAGUACGGUCCCGUCACACUGCCAAUGGUGUCGCAGAACGGUACGCCCCCGAUGGCGAUGCCGAUGCAGGUACCGCAGGGCCACAUCAUGCAGCAGAUAGUGGACGAAAACGGUACGCUCCGGCACGUCAUCCUGUCGACCCAGCCGCCCCAACCGCUCCGGCAGGGGAAUGUUCAGCACCAUCUGCAUCCGUCAGCAUUUAUUAAUGGUACACCGACGCCGUUCUUCAACCCGAUUGCCGCCAGCUACCAGGCGGGACCCGGGGCCGGUGCCCCUCAGAUGUACCCGUCCCAGCUGAUCGGUGCGAACGGGGCGAACGUGGGCGGCGGUACGGGCGGCAACCACGGGCUGCACACGGCGCAAGGCAACGUGCCCCAUUCGCCGUCGCCGCCCCACACGAACACCAGCUACCACAAGGACGAGCGGGCCCAGCGGCAGCACUCGAAGCUGCACCGAAAGCUCGACCAGAAGCAGCGGGAAUUGAAUGCAUCUGCAACGACGCCGAUCAAUUCACCUCGAAAACAUGCCGAACUGAACGGUGGUGGUGGUGUAAGGAAAUCGCACGCCCCACCCCAGCAACAGCAGCACCAUCUGCUUCCCAACCACAUGAACAAUCAUCGCAAUGGUACGGGAGCGGCCGUUGCGAUCAACACGCCGUCCCCCUCGGAGGAGGACACGUCGAGCGCCCCGGACGAGGAGGACGACAACACGCAGUCGCUCAUAGUGGAGCAUCUGAGCGCGGUCCCAUCGCCGCAGGUGACCGAGAUAACGCCCCGCACCGCCCUGCUGCAGUGGUCGCCGCCGACACCGACCGUGCCGGUCGUGCCGCUACCACCGCCGCCGGUAACGGCCGGCCCCGUGCCGGGCGUACCACCGCCACCCCUGCCCGGCGCCGCCCUCGAACCGCUGCCCUUCAACGUGCAGGACCUGCGGUACGAGGUGCUGCUGAGCGACCACGGCAAGGAGAACAAGUACAAGAGCAUCUUCAAGGGCUCGUCGCUGUCCUGCAAGGUGCAGGACCUGCGACCGGGCCAGGAGUACACGGUGCGGCUGCAGGUGUACCUCGACCAGCUGCACGGCUCCCCGACCGAGCCGACCGUCUUCAACACGCCCUGCUGCGAGCCGGACGUGCCCGCGCCGCCCAAGCUGCUCGCGCGCUCCAAGAACUCGCUGCAGCUGCGCUGGAACGCACCGUCGGACAACGGGUCCCACAUCAUCCAUUACAUCCUCGAGUGUGACAAUGGCAAAGGUUCGAUGACCCACCAGCAGCAGCAAGGACAGCAACCGAUGCAGCUGGCGUACGAAUUUUUCGAGGUGUGCAAGACGAAGGGUAAGCAGUUCCAGCUCAACAAGCUGCAGCCGUCGACGUACUACGUGUUUCGGCUAUCGGCCGUGAACGAGUACGGCCGCAGCGGCUACUCGGAUCUGGUCAAGUACAGCACGGUCGGGAAUGCGCCGGCCCAACCGGCACCGCCGACGCUGCGGCACGCGACCGCUACCACGCUGAAGCUGGCCUGGCAGCGGCGCUCGCCGUGCGAGGAGUACACGCUGCAGAUGAACGACGACCAGGGGUACGGCUACCGGAACGUGUACAACGGGCAGGACACGCUGUACGAGUGCAUCGGGCUGCGGCGCGCUUCCACAUUCCAGUUUAGGUUAAGGGCGGAGAACGAUAACGGGCGGGGCCCGUGGAGCGAGGAGGUCGUCUUCCGGACGCUGCCCACGUGCCCGGGCCGGCCGGCGAAGCCGCAGGUCAAGGGAAAGGUGCACGCAAACGGGUUCCGGGUGAGGUGGGACGCGCCGCACGAUACGGGCGGGGCGGACAUCUCGCUGUACCAUCUGGAGAUCAGCUCGGGCGCCUCGUACGACCGUGUGUACAGCGGCAAGGAGGCGGAAGCGACGAUCGAUCGGCUAAACCCUGGCACCGCCUACCAGAUCCGCGUGCUGUGCGAGGGCCCCGGCGGGAUCAGUGCAUUUUCCGAGCCGUGUCUCGUGACGACGGAACCGGUGUCGCCCGGGCCGCCCCAGAAACCGUACUGCAAAUCGCCGCCGACACCGUACGCCGCGUGUCUCGGGUGGGAGAAGCCCGACUACAACGGCGGCUCGCCCGUGCUCGAGUACGAGAUGGAGGUGGAGACGGUCAGCACGAAGGUGCGCAGCGCGGUGUACCGGGGCAGGGACAUGUUCUGCGUGGCGAAGGAUCUGCUGCCCGGCGAGCAGUACACGGUGCAGGUGCGGGCGCUCAAUCGCAUCGGCGCCGGGCCCUGGUCGGAGGAGUUUACGUUCACUGCCGGUUCGGCACCGCCCGAGUCGCCGCGCGACCUGUCCGUCGUGCUGAAGUCGCCAACGCAUUUAACUGUGAUGUGGGCCGAGCCGCACAGCAACGGGUCACCGAUAAGCGAGUACAUUCUUCAAUCCAGUGCCGAGUCGAGCAGCAGUGAGGUAGUGGACGCGAGCGGAGGAGCGGUGGACGCGAACGCCAACUACCAGACGGUGUACCGGGGCGCGCACCGGUCCGCGGACGUGCGCAAUCUGCACCCGCACUCGCGCUACCACUUCCGCGUGUGCGCACUGAAUGCGGCCGGCUGCUCGCGCUACUCCGUACCGAUCGGGCAGCAGAUGCCGGCGGCCGCACCGAACGCACCGACCGUCGGCGGGCAGAAGAUCACGGCCAAGAGCAUACUUAUUAGCUGGCAGACGCCGCACGACAACGGCUCGCCGGUGACGCAGUACAACAUCGAGUGCGGCGAUCGGUUGAUCACGACAGACGCGCACACGGCCAGUGCGGCCGCCAUCGCAGCUACCUCGCCCGAGCAGCAGCAGCAGCACGGCGCUGGAGGAUAUCCGGCAGCCGACCACCACCAACACCACCACCACCACUACGACGAGGAGUACGAGGAGGAGGAAGAGGACGAAGAGGAGGAAGCAUCCGUAGGCAGUGCGGCGUCGACGGACGCGGAGGACGAACCGUCUGCCGCGACGAAUUUAGUAGAUAGCAAAUUAGGCAAAGCGGUCGCCGCCGCCAGUCCCGCCCACUCGGCCAAGGGUGGCAAGGGGCAGAACCACGCGGCUGCCAGCGCACCGGCCACCACCCCAGCGAGCACCGCUGGCCGGUCGAACUGCAGCAACAUGCUGCUGAUCGGCGAGCUGCACCCGGAAACGACGUACAAGCUGCGCAUCCAGGCGGUGAACGCCAUCGGCACCGGGCCCUUCUCCAGCUACAUCAAGUUCACGACCUCGCCGCUGCCCCCGAAACCGCCCAAGCUGGAGUGUGCGCAGGCCGGCUUUGCGCACCUGAAGCUGCGCUGGGGCGAGGGCAAGAACCUGGCUGACCUGGCCCGGUACUACGUCGAGAUGGAAAACAGGCGCACGGGCGAGUACCACAACGUGUACACCGGCACGCGCAACACGUGCAAGGUGAUGCGGCUGCACGAAACGACCAGCUACACCUUCCGGAUAUGCGUCGAGACGCGGCACGCCGGGCGGGGCGAGUUCUCCGACGGUUUCAGCUUCACAACGGCGAUGGCAGCGCCGAACAGCAUCAAGGCACCGCGCGUCUGCACCGAUGCGGCCGCACUGGCAGCAGCGGCGGCCGGCAACGACCCGGCGGCCCGCCACGGCACGCUCACGAUCGAGUGGCAGACGAGCCGGAACAACCCGUUCGUCGAUCCGAUCGAGUACAUUCUGCAGAUGGCCAAAGCUAGGGACCAAGAAUUUCAACAGGCCUACCGUGGACCCGAAACGCGCUUUACUGUACACAACCUGCAGCAUGGCGUGACGUACGCGUUCAAGGUGUGUCCGGUGCGCGUGCGCCAGAACGGUGAGCUCAUGAGCGGCCCGUUCUCCCCGGUGCUGACCCACCAUCUCGCGACGAACGUGCCGCGGUCGAGCAGUGGGGCGGGUCGGUCCGGUGGAGCCGGCCACACCACGGACGACGUCGAUGGGCGCACCCCGUUCCAGGGCAAUGUGGUCAACAGCAAGGGUGAGUUGGUGCUGACGACCAAAUCGUCGACCGGGGCGGGCCUGCUGCUGGCCGGCAGCAACAACGGGUACGGUCCGGACGGCGACGGUCACCAGCACGGGGCGCGCAGCGAUACGGUCGCGUCGACCACGCUCCAGCAGCUGCAGAAGUUCUUCGAGCCCGACUCGAGCAAAGCGGUCGUGUGCGUGUUUGCGCUCUUCCUGCUGUCCAUCAUCGUGGCCGCAUUCCUCAAGUAAAGCGCCUCCCCGGUGCCGACAAGUGCUCUCCCUCCAUCCCCGCGCUCCGUAUGCCCGCUAUAUUGUGUUGUCCUUGUCGAUGUUGUUGCCUUGUCCGUCGCCGGGAAUCCGUCGCUUCCUAUGUCUAACGAAUGUACUAGCUGAGAAAAGUAACCUUUUCCUGCUACACACACAUACACCCACAUUACGAGAAAGGAAGAGAGAGAGAGAGGGAGAUGUGCAGGUGUAAUUGCAAAACAAAAAGUGCAGAACGAGAACGAAACACGAAGAGAAGUGUGUGGUAUAAUUAUGAAACAUAAAUAUUGAUAUAAAACAAAAAUACAUACACAAAAACCAACAUUAAGCAAAACAAACAAGCAAACAAAACAAAAAAAAUCAUGUGAUGUGCGCACUAACCUAUACUUUAUGCAAUUAUUAGUCUACUCUCACAAUCAAAAUGUAUGUUUGCAUCAUCAAAACCCAGAGCAGGAGAAAGCACCGAUUGAAGAGGAAAGAACAAAACACCGGCGAGCAAGUAAAAACAGAACCAGUAAUAGCACUAUUUGCUGAAAAAACCCAUCCCGCUCCUCGCCACACAGGGCACAGGGCAACCCAUCCAUGGCUGGUAGAAGUGGGGGGAACAUUAACGCUUUAACCGAUAGGGGAGAAUGUCUUUCCCCCUUUAGAAUUGAUUCCAGAAAGAAGUCACCCUUGCAUUUUGCAACCGCAAAAAGCGACGCGAAACACGAAGGACAACAAGCCUGUUAACCUUUAUAGUGCGCCAACAAACCUAUAUACCAUUUACUGUCCAUUUUUAUGAGUAAAUAAUCAACAAUGUGUGUGUGUGCGUGUGCAGUAAACCAAUCUGUGUAUAGCAAACAGAACAAACAGCCACACGGGAGCCCGAAGGAGAAAUUGAAAAAUAGCUAAUCAACCAUAUUAUCCAAAAAAAAACCAGCCAGGCAAUCGAGAAGAAAGCAGCGGCACCGAAGCGCAAUUGCGCCCGCCUAUUUCUAAAAUAUGUGUUACAUUUGCUAUAUUGUUUAUUGCCUUUUGCCUACGGUUUUGCAGCGCGCGGUUCUUUGUGUUGUUUGACCCCAAAGCAAAACGGAAGCUACUAUGUUGCGUGUUUGUACAAGCCGAUGCUUGUUUUCCAUUGAAUAAUCAAAAAUCAACAACGACAAAAGAUUGCGCAGGUUACGUAUGAAGAGAAAGAGAAGGGAGGAAGAGGGAGCUAUGCUCACCAUCGCGUUUGUACGGCCUUUGCUUUAGCAUAAAUAUGUGUCCGUUUUCGGUACUUUUGUUACAAACCUACCAAUUAUUACGCUAGCAGAGACGGUAAUCCCGCUGCAAGCAAUCGACACAUUCUAACCUAGGAGGCAUUCUCUGGUGUGAAGUUGCAAUUGCUUCUCACGUACACGCCCAAACACAAACACACACACACACACAUACACCUACUACGGAAGAAAAUGCAAACAAAAGUAUUAUUAAUGGUUAAAGAACACACACGAACACAAUUUAUGACUCACUUUCCACGAUCGUGUAAAAACUGCAUAGCAGAAGUGUGAAGGAAGGCCUUUUUUUGGGGGGGAUGUUGAAACAGUCCUCUCUCUCCCCAUAUCCCGAUAGACAAUUAGCCACCAAAAUCCCGAAAAUCUAAACCAAGCCAACUGGUAAAACCAAUAAUCUCUUUUUUACUAAUUUUUAGCGCGUAAGAAAAGAGGAGAUCGCAAUGGCUUGUGCAUCGAAAUGUGCAACCUCAAUCACCACAGCACAGAACCACACAAUCUCCCCUUUCCACGGCUCACAGUGUGACGAGGGGAUGGCCGUUCUUUUUAUUGUCUGCUUGUUCCUUCCUCUUUUUAGUAAUGGAAAGCACAACAACUAUGGGGUUCGUUUUCCUCAGCCCUUUUCUCUCUCCGGGUCCAACGAAACUGGAACGAAAGCAUUCCACAUAUGAAGAUGAAGAAUUUGUGUAUUGUGUGUUUACGACUUCCACAAAACACCACCAGUACCACCACCCUUAGAACUACACCACCGUUUUUUUUUUUAAAUUGUUACUUACCUGAUUGUAACACACACGCGCAAUUUAUGUCCUGACGCUUGAAAAUUCUACACUAAGAAAAAAAAGGGCGCGAGUUUGACAACAACACGUGGAAAACGGGAUAACGUGUACUUAAGCUAUCAUUCGAUGUAAGUAAUUUGUUUACUGUUUUUUCUUUACAACACAAACACACACACACAUACAUAUACAGAGACAGUCUCUCUCUCUUUUUCAAGCGCUUUUGCGAACCAUUACUCUCUAUAGCAUAUAUUGGUCUUCUGCUCGCGUCCUUGUUUAAUGUUAACACACAUUCGUAUAUUGGAAAAUAGUCAGGAGUACAGUCCGGUACGGUGAGGGUGUUAAUAUAGGGUUGUCUUCCAGUAGAGCAUGAUCUAACCAACACCACCACCACCCCAGCAGCAACAGCUUCUUUAUGUGUAUUUCCCCCUUUCGUACCCCAUUUCCUAGUGUAGCUAAACCACAAACAACCCCCCUAAGUAUAGGAAUAUUAAGGUUGAUGGUGCAAACGAUCGUCCCACUCUCCCAGAACGAUCGGUGGCAACGAUCGGUGGCAGGUUUCCGAUUUGUUCCGCAAUGCAGUUUGAAAAGAGGUCCUAUAAAAGAUGCAUUUUGUGUUUGUUGUUUAGUCACGGAGCUUUGUUCGAAAUGUGCAAUUUUAUUUAAAAACAAAAACCCCCCCUUUACUUUGUAGCCAAUACUUUGCAAUACUUACUUUCGUACCGUUUUUUUAUACCAGCAGCAGCAGCAGCAACAAUGGAUUUUUUUUAUAUAUUUAUUGCUGUUGUUGGCAAGAGAAAUACUUUUGUUUUGUUUUGUCUGUGUUUUAUUUUAGAGAUAGCUUUUAGAGAGAGAAGGAAAAAAGGGUGUUUAUUGACAAAAGAAACUGUGACGCGGGUUACUCCUUAAAUUCCAACACACACACACACACACACACACACACACACAACUCAUCAAAUGGUGCAUUUUGUUGUUGUUUGUUUUCUCGCUUCUAACUUGUGUGUGUGUUUUUAGCUGAUUUUGAUAAAUUAUUUCCUGCACGUUAAAUGUGUCAGCUCAGUCAGGCGAAAAGGCACAAGCAUAACGUCGUUUUAUAGGUUUAAGCAAAAAAAAAAACGGGGAUAACGAAAACACACAGUGACAGUGGGAAUGGGACACUGCUGGAAAAGAAUGGCUUUAAUUAUUGGAAUUUAAAUGAAAGGGCGAUGGAGAAGUAGUAGCAAAAAUAAAAACAAGCAUAGGUAAAACGAGAAACAAAAGAAAGGAAAGAAGGGCAAUAGAGAGAAGUUCGUUAUUUAACAAACAAAACACUAUUCAAAAUGUAUAACAAAUAACUCCGGAACAAAACAAAAUAUGACAAAAUACUAGGGUUUUUUUUUUUGUUCUUCUCAUAAUCCAAAACACACAACAACAAGAGCAACAAUGUAUACACAAACACAUAAAAACCCCUCAAUCAAAGUAUUGCUAAUUUUGUACAGUGGGGGAGGGAAAACAGAGAAGAAAAACAGAAAACCAUAAUGGCACCAGCAAAUCACAUUACUAAUACGAGACUGCAGUUCAGAAAACAAAACACAAAACAUAAAACGAAUGUAUGUAUGUCUGUUUUAUGUUUGAUGUAAAAUGUAUGUGGAAUAAUAUGUGUGACACACAACAAGCAUGGAAAAUUGUAAGGGGAAAAGCAAAACCAGCAAAACACAUAAAACGAAAACAAAAACAAAAAAAAAACAAAUCAUUGUGGAUAUUGUAAAACAUGGCGCCUAAACCACAAAACAACAAAACACAGCUGUAAGAAAAUGAAGUUAAGUUAGAAGAAGAGUAAAACAAAAGCAAAGCAUAAACGAAACAAACAAAUACACACACACAAAGAACAUUAGAAGACAAAAUUGAGAUCGUUUCGGUUAGAAGUUAAAAAAAUGGAUUAUUUUCGUUUGUAAAUAUUGUAAACAGCGCAAAAACACGUGUUUGAGUGAUUUCUUAAAUUUUUGUUUUGGCAUUGUUUCUGCGAAACAGUUUCUCGUUAAGCCAAAUCUCCUAAAUUUUCUUUAAAAAAAAAAGCAAAUCAUAGUAAAAUUACUAAACCCCAGCAAUCGAGCUACUGUCGAAAGCCACUAUUAUUACUACUUCUUCUAUGGACACACACAAUCACACAUAAUGCAUUGAGGUUUCUACUUAUAACGGGCACCAGUCGAAUGAUAAGGCGCGCGCGCGUGUGUGUGUGUGUGGUGGAAUAGAAAAAGAAGAAGAAAACAACGGGACUGACACGGGUUUGCUGGGCAACAACCAGGUACACACGACGACGCUAGAGAUUCCGGAUUCGAACAGCGAGAGCAACGCAAACACUUCUAGCAUGUAUUAGGUAUUAGAAUUGAAUUGAUAACGGUCCCUGGCCCGUCCCUUUGCUUGUUGAUUGGAGAUGGGUUUAGUAGAUUGUGUGCAGUAGUAGCAGCAAGAGGAGGGAGGUGACAGUGGUGAAAUAGUAAAAAAAAAGUCUGUUAUGUUAACGCAAUUGAGCAAUUAUUGAGGGCGUCAGUUGGUUGUAGAGAAUGAGCGCAGGAGAGAGAGAGAUGAUACAAGGGAUUGUUUGCAAUUUGUUAGCAAAAAAAAUGAAAGGAAAAGGAUUUAGCGAAAGAUUAGGUAAAGACUGUUGGGAUGACGUGAUUGGCCACGUGCUUCCGGUUGCCGGCAGACACUGGGAUCCGGCAGCAAUUCACGGGCUUUCCACCGAUGAGAGGGAAGCUGGAUGCUGGUUGAUGGAUUGAUUAACAAUUUUUAUAUGCAUAUUUUUUUUAUCUCACGUUUAGGAAAGGAUGUUGAAGCGCAUCAACAACUUUAUCAAAUAUGCUGGAGUUAUGAGUUGUUUAUUUUUUUUGUGUACUAUUUUAACUAUUUAACUACUCUUUUUUAUACCGUGCAUUACGAUUGAGGAAGCGAGGGAAAAACGGUGACGCAGGGGAAGGAAAAGCUAAAACGAAACCCAAGAACGCUUUUGUUGAUCAAGAGGAACAAGAGAGAUAGCGAACGAUGUUGGUAGGCAAUAUAUAUGUAUAUCGAUGAGACGGGAGUGGGAAAUAUUAGGGAAAUUGAAUUGAAUUGAAUUUGUAGCACGUUGUUGUUGCGCCCGCUUCCCCCCCCCCAUUUCUGGGCCACCCCGGGCGGGGCAGGAGUGGGGAAGAGGAGGUGGUAGUUGUACAAAGUGAAUUUUGUUUUUGUUUUUGCUAGCUGCGUGGGGUGGGCUGCGAGAGAGAGAGAGAGAGGACAUUGUGAAUGUCCUGGUGAGGAGGUGGUUAUGAUGAUUCACGAUUAAAGAAGAAGGAUUUGCGAUAAAGGAAACGAUUAGAGUAAAGGCAAAAAAGAAACAAGAAGAGAGAGCGAAAACAAAGUUAAACUAAUAAUGGGCUUUGAGCAACAAAAAAAAACAUACAAAAUCAACAACCAUGUUUGCUUAUUCUUUUUUUUGCUGCGCGCUGUAGGUAAAAAUCAAAUUGAAACAAACAAAAAAACAAACAAGAAAAUGGACAGACGCCACACAGACUUGUACUGCUACUACUAUUACGGCAAACUGCUACUGAUACUACUACUACUACUACUACUACUUCUAAUUCUACUACUAUUAAUACAACUACUGCAAAAGCCGCAUGUGUGUAAUGUGUAACAAAUUACUAUGAGAGAGAACGGGCGGAGAGUUAUGAAAAACAAAAGAAACAAACAAACAAAACACGCAUAAAAGUAAAACAAAGGUAAACCAGUAAUGAAACAAGCAAAGCAAAAGCAUUGCAACAAGAACAACAACAGAGCAACAACAACAGAAAAAGAAAACGAACAACAGACGCGCAACACAUACAAAAAAAAACAAACAA